GCCGGAGACGCACCGCCGACCCCCGUCCCCAUUACCUCAUCUCUUGGACCCUUGUCUUGGUUCCUUCCCGUCUCGGUUCAUCAUCAUCACAGAUUCACAGUUCACUCCACACCACCGUCUGUAAAACCCGAGAAAAACGGACAGAUCAGAAGCUUGCCCCCUGAUCUGAAACUCUGAAUCCUUCCUCUCCUUCUCUACCCCUCUCACUCUCACCUUCCACCGGAAAAGAGGAAGCCAGGAGGGAGGGAGAGCGAGGGGGCGGCGGGUAUGGGGAGGCCACCGUGCUGCGACCAGGCCGGGGUGAAGAAGGGGCCGUGGACGCCCGAGGAGGACCUCAUGCUCGUCUCCUACAUCCAGGAGCACGGCCCGGGCAACUGGCGCGCCGUGCCCACCAACACCGGGCUGAUGCGGUGCAGCAAGAGCUGCCGCCUCCGCUGGACCAACUACCUCCGGCCGGGGAUCAAGCGCGGCAACUUCACCGACCAGGAGGAGAAGCUCAUCGUCCACCUCCAGGCCCUCCUCGGCAACCGGUGGGCGGCGAUCGCGUCCUACUUGCCGGAGCGGACGGACAACGACAUCAAGAACUACUGGAACACGCACCUCAAGAGGAAGCUCAAGAAGAUGAGCGCCGCGGCCGGCGAGGACGGGGCCGCCGCGGCCACGGCCGGCGGCGCCGAGGCUAAAAGCAGGGCCACCGCGCCCAAGGGGCAGUGGGAGCGGCGUCUCCAGACUGACAUCCACACCGCGCGCCAGGCCCUCCGCGACGCGCUCUCGCUGGACACCACGGCACCCGCACCGCCCAAGCCGGCGCCGAUGGAGCGGUCGUCCAAGGGGGCCGUGUACGCGUCCAGCGCCGAGAACAUCGCGCGGCUGCUGGAGGGCUGGAUGCGUCCAGGGGAAGGCAAGGCGUCCUCAGGCGGCUCCGGAUCCGGCUCGCGGUCGUCGGCGUCGGUGGUGUCCGCCGAGGGCGCGUCGGCCAGCCACAGCGGCACGGCGCCCACGCCGGAGGGCUCCACGGUCACGAGCAAGACCAAGGACGAAGUGGCUGUCGCCGCUCCGCCGGCGUUCUCGAUGCUGGAGAACUGGCUGUUCGAUGACGGCAUGGGCAUGGGGCACAAUGGGAUUGGGGAUGUCGGGCUGGACGACGUGCCAUUGGGGGACCCCAGCGAGUUCUUCUAAACGGGAGAGAUCAUGAAGAAUGUGACCGAGCUUGAAGAAAGAAGCCAACCAAUCAAUCAUGCGGUUCAUGGGAUCCUUGGGUAAUCUAGAUCAUCGGAAGCUGGUGUUGAUCGACCUAGUUCGGUUUAAUCUAGUUUUUGCUUCGUUUCGGCGUUUUGGUCAUUAGGGUUUGGAGUACUGAUCCUGCAAGUCUAUACUGAUAAUAUCCAUGGUCGGCGACUGGAUAAACGAGAUGAUGAUUCAGUCCUGAAAUGGAGGUGGCAAACAAAACAAAUGUACAUCUUUCAAUAACAACUUUUAAUAUUACAAGAAAGUUUCAUAUUAUCA